AUGCAAGUUCGGCGUUCCUUACCGUUUCCAACGAAUCAGGAAGUAGUUGUCAUAAGGCCGCCGCUGUUUCUAUGCCGCAGUGAGCAGCUGACUGUACGGUGGCCGUCAGUGGCGAUGCAGAAGUGGACAUCGUUUGGAUCAUCUAAGAUAUCCGGUGGUCACGUUGGCAAUUACAGUAGCGAUCAACGAUGGGUGCUGCCAUAUUUUGACGAUUCUCGUUGGCUCGAUAGACCGCCGCAUGAGUCUGACUUAAACGACGACAACUUCACCAUCACGUUGAGCAGAUCCUUCGGUGCAACCGACCGCAGGAACAGUCGAUGCAUCACUACCAAGGUGCCGGUUCUAGAUACGAAACAGGUACACAUAUAUCUUCGAAGGCAAGCGAGUUGUGGCUCGAUUCAGUCGAACUUCAGUUCCAGCCUUUUUGAUGAGCCAAACUCGACGCUGGAUAUAUCGUCAACUGCCAAGUGUGGUUCGGAAACAGUGGAGUCAUCAGAUGGGUCGAAGAACUUCAAGCAGGUGAACAGGCGAGUGGUAAAACCGAGUGUUGCUUGGUGUCGACGAGGCAGCGCGGUCGGUUCGUCAUCGUCGUCCUCGCAGACGCUGGCUUACAAGACGGUGCCGAAGAGGGUUAACCUACUGGAUACGGAGGUAUGCCAGGUGUAUGACUACUUGUUCAUGAGCGGCGUACAGGCAGCGUACAACGCCAACUUCCUGUGUAAAUUUAACAUCGAGUAUCUGAUCGACGUGUCGAAUGUCGAGCCACAGAACGUGCCGCGUGACAUGAGGAGCGACGUGCCGUGCGUAUGUCCGCGAGAAACGGCCCAUAGUCGGGCUCGCAUGGCGAUCACGAUCGAUGAACACAGUACCCUCGACCUGGUACCCAUGUUUGAAGAUGUCAACCGCUUUAUCGACUCAGCUCGCGUCUGUGGCAAGUCCGUGCUCAUCUACAGUUAUUUGGGCCGCAACCGAUGCGCCGUGUUCGUCGUCCAGUACAUAAUGAAGACCAAGCGGAUGAAUUGCGACCGUGCUGUUCAGGUUCUAAAGGAUCUCUGGCCGAACAUCGACAUCUCUGAGAACUUCUAUCACUCGUUGCGCAAAUGGGACAUCACGUUGAACCUCUUCAGUGCAUCGAUCGACUCACCCAAGGUUGUUGCUAAACGGUCACCGUUCAUUACCAGAUCCGCUUGGGUGUGA